CGUCGAAAGAAAUGCUUCUGAAAAGCGCCAACUGCACGACGCCUUUGGAAUGACGUCAUUAUGACGUCAGAAAGUUAACUGUUGACAUUUAACAUUUAGAAUUUUGAAUUCUAUUUCUAUGAUAGAUUUAGGUGGUUUGUUUUUAUUUUAUAUGUUCUAUGAAUUUUAUAAAUAUUAAAUUUUUGCGAUUUUAAAAGGUAAACAUGGUACUUCGUCUAAUUAUAUCUCAAGUUAAUAAUAUCCUUUUACGUCUACGCGAUUUUUAAUUUGUAAGCUUCCGCUUUUGUUGUAUCAUGAAGCCAGGAAAAGGUUCGGAAUCCCGAGAAGAAAUAGCUGAAGUCCACUCUACCGCCCGUUCUCCUUCUCCAAAGCACAAAGGUAAAACUAGAUCACGCAGUAGAUCCGGCUCCCGAAAGUUAUCAAACGGUCAUGCUUCUGCUGAAUCAGGAGAGAAUCAGGCGGAGCAAGUUUCUGAAAAGGCUAAAAUAAGAGAGAUCUGGACAAAAUCUGAACAAGAAUCACUGGACACCGAGUUACCGAUACAUGAUCAAAUUAAAAGGGGUAUAUUGGGCUUUGUGGAGAAGGAGAUAAAGAAAACUGACAAACCACCGUCUUUUGUUUUUUAUUCGCAUGAUCCAAAUGGUCUAGAGGAUAAAUUUAUGAAGAAUCUGUCAAGACCAUCAAGUAGUCAUAAAGAGAAGCGUAGUCCAUCCUAUAGAAAGAAGAAAAGGCAUUCCUCGAGGCAUAGAGACAAAGAUUUGCAUGAUUUUGAAGUGCCCGGUUCUAGUCUUAUUGCUUUAGAGAAGGUUGAUGAUUAUCUGAAAGAAUAUAACAAAGAUGAAGUUGUUACAUUGAGUGGUGAAUUAGAUAUAGAAGCUCACGAUGUUGAGAAUAAUAAUGGGUCAAGUAGAGAAUUACGUCAUAAAUCAAGAAAGACAAGACGAAAAGCUCGAGAAGAACGGCAUGAUAAUUCUAAUGGGAGAAAUGUCAGUCCAAAAGUUUUUAAGACUGCAAAUAAAAGUAAAUCAAGUAAACCUGCGCGUCCUGCAGAUCUAACUACUAUGCUAGAAAGCAUUCAAGCCAGUGUCCCGUAUCAUGAUCAAUACAUUGACAAUCCAUUCUCGUCACCAUCGCCGCUAACUUCACCAAAUGAUGACAGGUUAGGCCUCUCUCAUAGGCCUGAAAAGAUUUAUCUUCAAGGAGGUGGAUCAUUUAGAGUUGUAUCUAGAGAAAGGAUAAUGGAGUCACAACAAUCUAAAGAGGAGGAGCGAUAUGCAAGACUAGGUGAUCCAACUCCACUGGAUGUAGCACUAACAGUCCAAAAAGCAUGGCGUGCCUUUGCCGGUGCCUGUCAUGGGGUACUUGGAGGGCUAUCUCUGAUGCAUUUGCUCCUCAUCAGCUAUUCGGACAGCCUGGAUGCUGGGCAUUUAUCUUUCCAUGCCGUGGUCACAAUGCCAUAUGUUGCAGCAUAUUAUUUCUUCUGUGUACUCUGCUUGGUGUCUGUUUUGGAUCGCUUAGAUAUUACCAAUAUAGACACGACACGUGGCCUACAACCUUGGUUCCAGCCAAUCGUAUUAGUGAUAUUGUAUAGUGCUUGUCUCCUGGUCUGUUCUGUUGCAAGAAUCUAUGAUGAGCUGAUGGUCUACCAGUAUGCUCCACUGGUGGGAAAUAUUACUGGAAAUGUAACUAUGCCAACAAUACCAACGUUUUACCACACAUGGACACACUUCUCAAUAUGGAGAGCGGUUCUUUCCAUACUUGGCCUUGUCUAUUUUGUUAUAUCGGGCCCUCAAGAUAUGGUUUAUCACAAUCUUCAGCAAUUAUUGCAAUUCAAACUUUCCUUGCAAAGUAUCGGAUGAUUUUUAUUUAAGGAGAUAUUUAUAGAAAAUACAAAUAUCCGUAUUUUUUUAAAUUCAAUGUAUGGCGAUGGAUAAUUCAAAUUUGAAAGAUAAGUAUAUAUAAGAUAAGAAAUGAUUCAGAGAUUUGAAAAUACAUUUUAGUAUUUGUUAUAAUUCCUAAAAUAAUAAAUGCUUGAAUUGCAAACUUAUUAUUAGGUUUAAUGUUAUUAAAUUAUUUUAGUUUAGCUGAGUUUAUAGAGUGAGUUUGCGAUAUUAAAAAAAAAAACAAAUAAAAUAACAUGUUGGUGCUAAUUCAGAUGAAUUAGAAUGUUUUAAUUUUUAAUCAAGUAUUGUGGCAGAGAAUGUCUGUGGGCCAUUUUAUAUUUAGUUGUGUGUAUCUCUUAAAUAGCACCUACAUUUAUUAAUAUUUAUUAUAUACGUCCAAAUUGCAAUAAUGCUUGUAUAUUAAAAUCAUCUCUCAUACCAAAGAUACCAAAAUAUUAUUUUCAUAAUUAGUUAUAUAAGGCUUGCUAAAAUAAUAUGCAAUAUUAAUAAAGAAAUAUUGAUUUAAUUUUAAAAUUUAUUACAAUCACAAAAAUGGUUCUAGUCAUACCAGCUCAUACCAGUAAUAUAUAGUAUUAACAUGAAAUUGCUAUCAAAUAUUUCGUCCUUGUUCUUCUGUCACUUAUAAAUAAACAAGACAAAAUAUUAACAAUUUGAUGUUUAUAGUACAAGGACGCGAAGUCAAAAGUUAUAUUCUCCAAAUAUAAUUGCGUCCUAUAAUAGGUUUGGAUUUAAUAGGCAGUGAGAUUAGAUAUAGAAUUAAUUAAAUUAUUUUUCGAAUUCCGUUAAUAUUUAGGUCCAAAUCUAGUCAUUUCCGAUAAAUAUUAUAAAAUGGAGUAAAAUAAAAGUUAUAUACAGGUGGCCAAAAAGUCGUGAAUCAAACGCAAUAAGAAUUAGUAAAAAAAGUUAAUACAUAUUCUUAUUAAAACGCAAAAUAAA